AUGGCCUUCUAUCCCCACGGCCAGCCCCUUACGGGCGCCUUCCGUCCCCUUGACCGUGGUUAUGCCAUGAAUCAGUACUCGCACCACGACCAACAGGCCAACAGCAUGGCUGGUGCGAUUCCUGCUCCUCAUCCCGACUACGGCUAUGCGGAUCAGUACCACCGCCAAUCCUACGGCGACGUUGCCCCUGCCCCAACGGCAACUAUGGACCACGGCGGCGUCUGGCAACCUCCUCAGGCGCCCCGUCUUUCCGCUGCAGCCGCUCGUGCUGCACGACAGCAUAUGAUGGGUGGUGGCUACAUGCCUGCCGAUUAUGCUCAACCACACGGUGCCACAGCAUGGUAUGCACAGGCUCUUGCCGUCCCUCAACCAUACCAGCAGCCUCGAACCCAUCAGCAGCUUGAGCAGCAGCUUCUCGUUCAACAUCAUCUUGCAAAGGCGCACGAGAGACAGAACGGUGCAAGCAUGUACCAACCUGCUUUCGGUCCCUCCGCCUUCGCCAAUCACCAACAACAGCAGCAGCAUCAUCAUACCUCCCGAUCCCAUCAUCGUCAACCCCAGAACUACUACCCUCCCUACCAAACUGCCAAUCAAGCCGCUCACCACGGCUAUGCCGAGCAUCAACCCAGGUAUCAUGACAACUGGUCGAACAACUCUGGCUACCACCGCGAUCAGCGAACUUCGGACCGCGCCGCUCGUGACUGGUCCAGCUGGCAGCAGCAGCAGCAGUCAAAUGCUCAUCGAGCUUCCGUCUCGCAUCUGCCUCCUCAGUCGCAAAUGUACGCAGAUCAUGCCCACAUGCAAGCUCACCACCGCCACUCGGACGAUGAAUCUCGAUACGAGUCAAACGCCUGGGCUGCACACAAUGCCCGAGCUGCUCACCAAGCACAAGGCUGGGAGCACGCGACCCAGUAUGCCCAGCAGUCCUAUCCCGACUCGCACUCGGCACAUCGAGACCAACGCUACGAGGGCCCCUACACGAGGCACCACGACCGUUCCUAUCCCGCUGGACAGCAUCACAUCGAUGAGCAGUCUGCGAUGCGUGCUCACCAUCAAGACAUUCGACACUAUGAUGCUCACUCUCAACACUGGCAGCUAGAUGAUUCUCGCCCUUACGCAGCGCAGUCUGACGCUCGUCACCAAGUUCAUCACGUCGCUGCUCCUGUUGCUCCUGAUGAUGAUGAUGAGAAAGCUACAGAGGGCGCCGCUGAUCAAGCCCAGCCAGCUGCACCUUCUUCGCCUGACUCGCUCGAGAAGUCAGCUUUGCCCAUCGCUGCCAUUGGUGCCCAACUAAUCUGGAACGCCUGCACUGCUCUGUUUGACCCCGAGCUUAUGAUUGAAGCCCACGAGACCUCGGAUGAGGCUAUGGACGAAGACUGCGACGAGGUCAUGUCACCAGCUGGUGCCUCCAUGCCCUCUUCCUCGUCGACACCUUCGCUCAAUACGCCCGACAUCUCGCCGUGGUCUUCGACAGUGCUUGAUCGUUCCGCUGCUGCAGAGACCUCUUCGUCCUCUUUGGAUAAUUGGAAUGCCUUCCGCUCGCCUUUCGGUCCUCACCGUCUGCCUCACAUGCGUCCUCAGGCGCAUUCCUUCACCUUUGGCAGUGAUCAAGCUUCGUCGUCACAGCAUGACCUUCACCGCAUGGCUGUGGGUGCUGAACGUGUCCGCUCAGCGAUUGUUCGUCAUGCCUCGCCGUCCAAGCGUUCGCGUCAGGGCUCGGGUCAGUCCGAGACAGCUACAGUACACAGCUCCAGCGCGAGCACUGCGAGCAGCUCCGAGCCUGGCACACCCGCUUCGCUUGCUCAUCAGAGUCCCGCCCUCAGCUCUACUGUGUCGGCUCACUCUAUCGAGACUGCUCGCAGCCCGCUCCGAGCUGGCCUCAGGAUGUCUUUGGGCCACCAUUCGCGAUCUGAGUCGGCGAUCCGCGCGCGUCGUAGCUCCUCCAACAAGGCAUCGCUUAAGCUUGCCUCAUCCAAGUGGUCUGGUAGGCUUCGUGACAACGUGCUUGCUGUUCUCCGUCUCGUCUCUCCGGAUUGGCAGUGGAGCAACAACGACGAUCAGUUUGUUUCUCUUGGCCAGACGCUCGUGUCCGCGAGCACAGCUGCAGCCGUUGCUAAAGCUAGCCACUCUCCAAGCCAAGGACGAUCGGGACGUGACGCGGUCACAAGCAUCGUCACCUCGUACGCCAACGAGCCAAGCCCAGCCUUUAGGAGAUUCGUCCACCAGGUGCUUGCUCAGACCCUCCUUUCGCCCACCUCGUUCCUUGUCGGCAUCCUGAGUGCGCUUAGGCUACUCAUCAUGGCUCAGCUGCCUGAUGGUACCAUCGACCCUGUGGUGCUCGAGCUGUUUGCGCAGCCGACCUCGGCUGCUCCCUUCAAGCUCUUCACCUUGGGCAUGAUGAUUGCCAACAAGCAUCUUGAUGACAACACCUUCCUCAACAAGACCUGGAACGAGGUCACCGGCAUACCACUUGCCGAGCUUAACCAGACCGAGGCUUGGUUCUUGAAAAAGUGCAACUACGAGAUCACCGUCCCUGACGAGACUUGGAUUGGCUUCCUCCAUCGACUCCAGUCUUGGGAAGAGAAGCGUUCGAGCCGCGGUAUGCAUCGUGACCACGAAUCGUCAAAGCGGCUCUUGCUUGUUCUUGACGAAGCUCUGUCUCCCUUUGAUGCCAUUCCGGAAUUCCAGCUGGACGGCGAUGGAAUUGGUGAUGCCGACGACAAAGCGGCAUCUCCCAUGGACAUGUGGGCCAAGUCACACCAUCACCACCGCCCUGGUUCAUUGGCGCUACUUGACGGCACAGAUCAGCAACAUUGUCGAUCUGCACCUGCAGUUGCCACGCUCAUGUCUCCUCGAAAGCCGUUCGCUUUUGACGAUUCGUCGUCACAUCGACCCACGCACCUCUCACGAGCAAGCCUAGCAAUGGAGAAGCCAUCAGCAACUCUGUUCCGCACCAACACCGACUUUGCUUCUGCAGCGGGUGGAGCUUUCAAAGACAUCAGCCCAUUGCUAAGCGAAUCCGGUAAAACGCAGAACGGCACCAUGACAGGGCCUCUCAUACCAUCAGCAUUGCUCAACGGUUCAAGAGCGCUGUUCCAACACGGAGCCAUGUUUGCGCCUUUGUCCACCUCCGGUUGGUCUCAUGAUUAG